AUGCACCAGAUGAUCCUCAUCGCGCAGCCCCGCCUCAACAGAUUCGACAUCAUGGACUAUGACAUCAUGGGUGACUAUGGAGAGGGCUGCUUCGGCAAGGUUUAUAAAGCUCGCUGCAAGAAGACCCAAAAAGUUUACGCAGUGAAAGAGAUCAACUUAAACAGAGCGAUGAGCGUCGAGAGCAUAAAAAACGAAAUGCGCCGAAUCGACUACACCAAGAAUAUCCUGAAGGCCCUGAUCAAAUUUCACAACAAGAAAUUCGUACACAGGGACAUCAAGCCGGACAACCUUUUCAUCGAUUUUGGCAAUUUCCUGAGGCUUCGAACAGCAAAUUGGAGGAACAAAGACUGUCCGCCCUUUUCAUUUUAUGAUGGGCCGCCUUUUGCUACAGGGAUGCCUCACUACGGGCACAUUUGUGCUGGCACCAUUAAGGAUGUCGUAUGCAGGUAUGCGGCGCAGACAGGGCACUACGUCGAACGCAUCGGAUGGGACUGUCACGGACUACCCAUCGAAAACCUAAUCGACCAGCAACUCGGAAUAAAGGACCGCAAGGCCAUCCUCGAACUUGGCAUCGACAAGUACAAUGCCAAGUGCAGGGAGGUCGUGCAGCUGUACUCCAAGGAGUGGAGGACUGUCGUGUAGAGAUUCGGGCGAUGGAUAGACUUCGAUAACGACUAUAAGACCAUGGACCGCGGGUUCAUGGAAUCUGUGUGGUGGGUGUUCAAGCAGAUGUUUGAAAAGGGGUUGGUGUACCGUGGUAGGAAGAUCAUGCCCUAUUCGAAUGCCUGCAGCACAGUUCUUAGCAACUUUGAGCUGGCUCUGAAUUAUAAGGAGACUGUCGACCCCUCCAUCCACGUGCUGUUUGAAUGCGAAGACGAGGAGGACACAUACUUCUUGGCCUGGACGACCACCCCCUGGACUCUGCCUUCGAACCUGGCCCUGGCGAUCAAUCCAACUUUAGACUACCUCAAAAUCAAGGACAAAAAGACUUCCAAAGUAUUUUACAUCGCGUAGGCAAGGCUGUCUUCGCUGUAUACUGAUAAACAAGGCUACGAGCUGAUAAAAAAGGUGUAGGCGAAGUCUCUUGUCGGCAGAGGCUAUACACCUCUGUUCCCCUAUUUCGAGGGGAGAAGGGAGGACGGCUGCUUUAGGGUGCUUGAGGCAGAGUAUGUGACGGCGGAUGCAGGCACCGGGAUUGUGCACACUGCCCCUGGAUUCGGUCACGAAGACUACAAGCUCUGUGUCGCGAACAAGCUAAUCCCUGACAACCCGCCCGUGCCGAUCGACGAAAACGGUCGCUUCACGGACGAGGUGACAGAGAACGCAGGGAGGUAUAUCAAGGACACUGACAAGGACAUCAAGAAGCAGCUGAAGGAGCGAGGCUUGCUGUUCAAGGAGGAUACGAUCAAGCACAGCUAUCCCUUCUGCUGGCGCAGUGAGACUCCGCUGGUCUACAGCGUGAGUGCUUGGUUCAUCAAGGUGACGGCGAUCAAGGACCAGCUACUGGCCAACAACUUGAAGGCGAGAUGGGUGCCCAGAACCAUCCAGGAGGGGAAGUUCAACAACUGGCUUGAAAACGCGGAGGAUUGGUGCUUCUCAAGAAACCGGUUCUGGGGCAACCCCAUCCCUCUCUGGGUGUCUGCCGACGGAGAGGAGGUUGUCUGUGUGGGGUCGCUGGCAGAACUGAAAGAACUGACCGGUGUGGAAGUGACCGACAUGCAUAGGGAGUUUAUUGACAAUCUGACUAUUCCGAGCAAGAAAGGCAGGGGCGAGCUAAGGCGGAUUGACGAGGUGUUUGACUGCUGGUUUGAGAGUGGGUCGAUGCCCUUCGCUCAGUCGCAUUAUCCGUUUUAGAAUGCGGAGGCUUUUAAGAAGUCGUUUCCUGCAGACUUUAUCGGAGAGGGUAUUGACCAGACCCGAGGGUGGUUCUACACACUCAAUGUGAUCUCGACCGCAGUGAUGGGCACAGAGCCCUACCGCAACCUGAUCGUCAACGGACUAGUCAUGAACGACAAAGGCAAGAAAAUGUCGAAAAAGUAGAAAAAUUAUCCCGACCCCCAUGUAGUCGUAGCGGAGCAUGGGGCAGAUGCAGUGCGACUGUACAUGAUCAACAGUCCUGUGGUGAAGGGCGAAAAUCUUGAUUUUUCAAAGGAGGGGGUCAAAGGCGUAGUGAAAGAUGUAUUCCUGCCUUGGAUUAAUUCCGUCAAAUUCCUAGCCCAGCAUGCUGCGAAAUGGGAGGCAGGCACUCGACAGUUCCUCUUCGAUGCCAACUGUUUGAAUGCAGAGGGGCAGGUCCUCGACCGCUGGAUCGCCAGUAACCUACAAAACCUCAUCGGGUUCGUGCGGGAGCAGAUGGCCUAGUACAAGUUGUAUACGGUGGUGCCGAAACUAGUAAAGUUCCUCGAUCAGCUCACGAACGGAUAUGUGAGGCUGAACCCCAGUUUUAGGGGCGACCUUGGCGAAGAAGCGCAGUACGGCAGUCUGAACAUAUUGUUUGGCGUGCUGCUGCAGGUAGCGGUAUUGCUGGCACCUUUCAUACCCUUCUUGUCGGAAUCGCUCUACAAGCCCUUAAGCCAGGCCUUCCUCGGGCCUUUCAAUGUCGAAUCGGUGCACUUUCUUCGCAUUCCUGAGCAAAUUUAAAGGCACAUCGACAGGUCACUCGAACUCAAGACACAGCAGAUGAUAGGCAUCAUUGAGGCGGCCAGGUUUUUGCGGGAAAAGAGCAAAGUCAACAUAAAGCAUCCAGUCACUGCCUUGAAACUGGUCAGCGCGGAUCCAAAUUCCAAGAGGCGAUUGCAGCCUUUUGUGGAAAUCAUCCGUGAAGAAAUAAACGUCGAGGACAUAAUUUUCGAGAAGAACGUUGAAAAGUAUUCCGGAGAGCAAGCAAUCCCCAACCACAAGGAGCUCGGCCACCGUUUAAAAAAGGCCUACAACAAAGCCUUCAUCAACACCGUCAACAACCUCACUGCCCAGCAAAUGUAGUCCCUGAAGAAAGACGUAAUGGAGAUCAUGGGGGUCACGCUCAACAUCGAGACAGACAUCCAGGUCAAGAUGGUGCUCCAGAAGGACAGCGUUUUGGAGCAUGAGGUGAUCACGGAAACCCCCGAUUGUGUCGUGCUGCUGGACUUGAGGCAGGAUGAGCCCUUGCGCAUGAGGGGCGAAGCUCGUGAAAUUAUCAACCGCGUCCAACGGCAGAAAAAACUGUGCCGAGUCAAGCCUGAAGACGACAUCGUGCUGUUCUACGAACUGGGGCCAGGCCUGCAAGCCAGCCUCACUCCGCGGAUCCAUGUUCCUCCUUUGAUCGACCUGUUCCACCACUACGCGGGGACCAACCUCAACAUCGGCCGUACUCCCACCUUCGAUCGCAUCCAGCAAGAGAAGACAGUUCUCGACCUGCGCAACCUGACCAUCCUGGUCAAAGAGUGUUUCAAGGAGGAUCUGAGUGACAUGGAGCGUGACCACCUGCUGUCCUUGCAGUUCACCGCUCCGGCACCCCAGAUCCCCAUGAUCCUUAACCCCAAACCCGGCCGGCCCUUACUGCUCUAUUUCCACGCAAACGCAGAAGACAUCAUCACCUGCCACGAGUUCAUCAAGGAACUGGCAGGCUGCUUGGAAAUGGGCUACGCAAUACCUGAGUAUCCAGGCUAUUCGAUCUUCGAGGAGGGCAGUGGCCGGAAAUGCGAGCAGAUUCAGGACGUCGCCUUGAGGGUGUUCGACUACCUGAAGGAGUACCGGGUGGUGGUGCUAGGAAGGAGUAUCGGGUCUGGGCCUGCACUGUGGCUGUGCUCCGUGAGGAAGCCAGUGUUCCUGGUACUUCUCUCUCCCUUCCUCAGUAUCAAGGAGAUGGUCAAGGACCGCUAUGGCAACCUGGCCAGCAAGCUGGUCUCUGAACACUUCGACAACAAGACAAGGCCAAAUGCGUGUGCUGCCCCACGCUAA